CUUUCGUGCAGCCGGGGUGUCCCUGGUCGGGGAGGCAGGCCAGCGCUUGGAGGAAGCAUGGUCAGCGUCCUCACCGAGAGAUUUCUUCAGCCUGCAUGAGGAGUCCAGCCCAACCUGACAGAGUUCAGAAGCUAAGGGUCACUGCAGUGUCUCUGCCAGCCUCACCAUGAACCUGGAGCCACCCAAGGGUGAGAUUCGGUCAGCCACACGGGUGAUAGGAGGACCAGUCACCCCCAGGAAAGGACCACCGAAGUUUAAGCAGCGGCAAACAAGGCAGUUCAAGAGCAAGCCCCCCAAGAAAGGCGUGCAGGGGUUUGGGGAUGACAUCCCUGGAAUGGAAGGCCUGGGAACAGACAUCACUGUCAUCUGCCCUUGGGAGGCUUUCAACCACCUAGAGCUUCACGAGCUGGCCCAGUAUGGCAUCAUUUAGUCAGAUCCCUGCUACGUGAGCCCUGUGGAAGAUACCUGCUGAAGACCCGCUCCAUCCCACCACCUCUGUAAACCCUGCCCAGGACCCCUGCCCAAGCCUGAGCCUGAGCCCUAGCCAGGUUACUCGGGCUCCCCUGGGACAACCUCAUGCCCUGACACCAGCUACUGAGAGCCUACAGCCUCCCAUGGGACACACUGUUGGCCUGAAGUCACUGGUCAGCAAAAAGAAGGAAGUGAGACCCAGCCCCACCUCCUGUCCUUCUUGUGGCCAUAAUGCAGGGUUAGACUCCCCAGUAAUGUCUCCUUGAACUGCCUUCUGAGGGUAAUAAAGUUCCUCUGUCUUGCUGCCCUUCCA